UUGUAGCUCCAGCUCCUGGGGCCCCCAUGGAAACGAUGAAUAAGCCAGUUGCUGCCAAGAAUCCUGAGGUAGGAGGCAAGGAUUCUCAGGCUGGGACUGCUUUAGAGUGUUCAGCAUCUGCCAUUCCUGCUUCUUUCCCUGGUGCUGCUGAAGCACCUCCAGUCUGUUCUCAGCCUCCCAUUCUAGCAUCAGCAGCGGUUUCCACCUCUUCUAUUUAUAGCCCCCUCCACCCUUCCUCUUUGUGCCAUGAUGCUAACUCUCCCCUUGCUAGCCUCUGUCCUUUUACUACUCCACCAGAACUGGUUACCUCUGUCUCUUCAGUACAAGCCACUCCCGAUGCUGCCUUGUCUUCUGCUGACUCAGUUAUAUUAUCUCAGACCCUUUCCCCCAUGAAACCACCAGUUAUGGUUGGCAUUGCACCUGUUGGCAUAUCCCUACCUUUAGGGCCUGUAGCUUCUCCCCCAGCCUCAGUAAUUUCUUCUGAAUCUCUUACUUCUGCUUCAUCAACAUCUCCUAUAAGCCCAGUAGGGACAACUUCUGCAGCCUCAGUUUCUCCAAUUCCAUCAUCUCCUGUCUCCGCUCCUUUCAUUCUCCCAAUUGCUCCUGUGUCUCCUUCUACGGCUACAGCUCCCAUCCCCGCUGAAGUUCCAGCUCCUACUACUGUGGCUUCACCCUCUAGUCCAACUCCUUUCCCUCCAAAGUCUGCAGGUGCUCCUGCCUUGUCACCAACACUUCCUAUCCUUAAUCCUGCGACUCCUGCUCUCGAUCCAGGGGCUCACAUUUCAUCCUCUGUUCCCUCUCACCAGCCUUCCAUACCCAUCAAUCCCAUUCCCUCUCUUCCUGAUUCUGUCACCAUUCCCAGUUCCAUCAUUUCUCCAAUGCCUGUAUCAAUUCCGGGAUGCCCUGCAGGGUCACCUGCAGAAUCUGCAUCUCCUCCUGUGACUCCUUUGGCACCUAUUUCCAGUUCUGAGAUCCCUGCUUCCUUUCUUAAAGUUUCUGGGGCUGAUGCUUUAUCUCCAGCAAAGCUUGCCCCUGAAAUACUACCUGUAAAGUCUACUUCUGGUCCUGAAUCCAUUAUCAUGGUCCCAGCAAAGCCUGCUUCUACGCUACUGUUACCGGAAGGAACCCCAGGCAAACCUGUUCCUGAUUCUCUGCCCCCUGUGAAAUUGGCAUCUGGUCCUGCAGCCCCAGAAGUAUGCCCUGUGUCUGGUCCACUAUCUGUUUCUUCCCAGCUACAAACUCCUAUUUUGCCAGCCGUUCCUGACUCUAUGACUACUUCUCUAGACAAAACAAUGCUGACUUCUAAACAGAUGGCUCCUGCCAGGUCCCCUGUGGAACCCCCUUUUCCAUCAGAACAUCCUGAUGCUCUAACCACAGCAGGUCCAAUAAUGAAAUCUGCUUCUGAGUCUAUAGGCCCUUCUGGAAUCCCAGUAGAUCCUUCUAGUCCUGUGUCACUUUCUUCACAGCCAGAGAGACCUGCUUCAGCUCCUACUUCUGGCUCUACUUCACCGGGCACGGCAGUGUCUAAGUCUAAAGAACUGAGUACGGUGCUUCCUUCUGUAAAAUCUGCUUCCUCUUCAGAAAUUUCUUCAGGCCCUAUGUCCUCAUCGGGCCCUAUUCUUACACCCUCGCUUCCUCCCUCGCCCCCAAUGAAGUUUAGUUCUUCGGUGCCUAUUCCCGAGCCCGUUCUCCCUUCUGCAACAGCAGCAGAACUAAUCUCUGCUCCAAGACUACCCAAAGGGCAACCUCCGAAAACUGUUUCUAGUCCUGUGGCUCCUACAGGACCCCCGGUGGAAUCUGCCUCCCUUUCAGCAUCUGUUUCUAGUCCAAUAACGCCUCCCCUAGGCCCUUCACCACCUGCUUCCAAGAUGGUUCCAUCUGUUUUCAAACCAGCUCCUGCUUCUUCAGUAUCUGCUUCAGUAACUCAGCCUGCAGCUGUUUCUGGCCCUGUGGCUACAGCAGAGCCUGGUCUUGUCUCACCGGCAUCUGCUACGAAGCCAUUUUCAACUUCUGAACUUGCUUCUAGCUCUUUGUCUAUGGCAGAGUAUGUUUCUAGUCCUGUAACACCUACUGCCCAUACUCCUGCACCUAUUUCUGAAUCUACAGCCCUUCCUGUGGCCUCUGGAGGGGUUACUCCUAGCUCAUUGAUACCUGCCUCCCAUCCAGCAGCAGCACCAGAGGUACUUCCUUCUGAGCACCAGGCACCACCUAUAGUUGUAGCAGAGGCUGCUUCAGCUCCAGUGACACCAGCUGCACCUGCCCCGAUGACAUCUCCUGUAGGCCCAACAAUGCCAGUUUCUCACCCAGCACCCUCUACCGUACCUUCUGAGGUGCCUGCACCAGUGACCGUUCCUGGAACCCUUGCUGCUUUUCUUGAACCUCUUUCCUCUCCUGACCUUGUAGCCCCUGUCAUCCCUCCUCCUGGCAUCGCACCUCUGUCUUCUGCAGUGGCUUCUCCCAUUUCCCCUGCAGCAGCAUUUUCUUUUCCAGCAACCCUUAGUCCUGUCUCCAGCUCCAAAUUGCCCCCUGGCCUGGUUAGCUCCACUGUCUCGGCCUUAGCCACGAACCAGGUUUCCAUUUCAUCUGGGGAGGUGAUGCCUUCCCAGAAAAUGGCACCUUUGCCUCUCGCACCUGCUGACCCUUCUGUUUCUACUUCUCCCAUUGCAAGCGUUCUCACUCAGCUGGCUUCUCCUGCACCCCCUCCUUCUACCCCUGUGAAAAAGCUAGAGCCUUCCUCUGUGCUUCCCAAACCACCCCCUGUUGCACCUGCACCUGGUUUAGCCCCUGAAAUGACCCCCAGCCCUACCUCUGCUACCCUUGAAGACGACGAGCUGCCACCUUUGAUCCCUCCAGAGGUACAUGUUGAGGAGUCACCUCUGCAGCCAGUCCUGGUGGACUUCUCUCCUAAGACAGCUGUGCCCCUUGCUGAGGUUCCAGCAACUGCUCCUUUACCACCUCCUCCUGUCAAACAGCCUUUCCUGAAGAAUGACAAGGGUUCUGGAACAGAAUCUGACAGCGAUGAAUCAGUGCCAGAACUUGAAGAACAAGACUCCACGCAGGCCACUACGCAGCAGGCGCAGCUUGCAGCAGCAGCUGAAAUAGAUGAAGAACCAGUUAGCAAAGCAAAACAGAGCCGGAGUGAAAAGAAAGCACGGAAGGCAAUGUCCAAGCUUGGCCUUCGUCAGGUCACAGGUGUAACCAGAGUUACGAUCAGGAAAUCCAAGAAUAUCCUCUUCGUCAUCACCAAGCCAGAUGUAUAUAAGAGUCCUGCGUCAGAUACUUAUAUAGUCUUUGGAGAAGCAAAGAUUGAAGAUCUCUCUCAGCAAGCACAGCUGGCUGCUGCUGAGAAAUUCAAAGUGCAAGGAGAAGCUAUUUCAAACAUCCAGGAAAACACACAGACUCCUACUGUACAAGAAGAAAGUGAGGAGGAAGAGGUUGAUGAGACUGGUGUUGAGGUGAAAGACAUUGAGUUAGUUAUGUCGCAAGCAAAUGUUUCUCGGGCAAAAGCCGUUCGUGCCCUAAAGAAUAAUAGUAACGAUAUCGUAAAUGCAAUUAUGGAAUUGACGAUGUAGCCAUCCAGAAAGGACUUUUUGGUGUUACAGAGAAAUUACAGCUGAACUGAAAAUUUGUACUAUUUCUAUCAGUUAAUAAAAGUGGUGGUUUAAAAGAU